AUGGACCCGGCAUCGGCAUUUGGUCUUGCUGCAAGUAUCGUCCAAACGAUCACGUUCACCAGCGAUCUCAUAUCCAAGAGUCGGCAAUUGCAUCACUCAGCCCAGCGCGGCCUUGUCGAGAAUGAGGAGCUGGCAUCCAUCGCCAGAACUCUUCAAUCCCACAGUCGCCGCAUUACCAUUCAGCUGGUCGGCGCACCUAUGGGGAAAGAUGAUGUUGGAAAAGAUCUAUCUACUCUCUGCAACGGAGUACGCGAUCUUUGCAAGAAUCUCCUCGAUACAAUUGAAGCACUUCAGAAACCCGACUCCGCCACGCGAUGGGAUAGCUUCACGCAAGCCCUGCGAAGCGUAUGGAAGGAGCAAGACAUCGUCGACUUGGCACAGAGAUUGGAGAGGUAUCGUCGCCAGAUUGAUUCAAUCUUGCUUGCGAGCAUGAAAGAGCAGCUCGAGAAUCUGACAAAAGACACACGCGACCGCAACCAACAGAUUGAGCAGAAUCUCAACAAGACCCUGGCAAUCGUGGAGCCGAAGAGCAGGUGGCAGGCCGAGCUGGUCCAGACGGCCCGGAGGAGCUUGGACUCAGGACCAUCGGAAGGCCUUGCCUAUCUUGAUCUUGUCUCAGCCUCCCUAUCUGCCGGCGCCAAGGAAGAGCGAGACAAGCUCAUGCAACGUCGUACGCUUGAGUCUCUCAAGUUCGCGGAUAUCCGAGACCGUUAUGAGCGCAUCCCUGUCGCCCACCGAAAAACGUUCGAGUGGAUAUUUAGCGAGCCAUCGACAUCGCCCCCAGAGGGAAGAAAUCCUCUGUGGGACAAUUUCCAUGGCUGGCUGACAUCGGACGAGGUCUUAUACUGGGUGACUGGCAAGCCAGGCUCAGGCAAGUCGACUUUGAUGAAGUUUCUGUCUGAUGACGCCCGCCUCCGACCCCAGCUGGAAGGCCGGCAGAAGGUCCCCAUUCACAUUGCCAGCUUCUUCUUUUGGAACUCGGGAACAAUGAUGCAGAUGUCUCGAGAAGGACUUCUACAGUCUCUCCUUCAUCAGACUAUUCGAAACUUUCCUCAAGACAUUCCCAAGCUUUUCCCAGAGAGAUGGGAAUACCAGGAGCUGUUCGGUUACGACUCCCGCUCUUGGUCGUGGUCCGAGCUCUCUCAAGCAUUCACGGAGAUGCUGUCUGACAAGACCAAGGCCUUCUUUUUCAUUGUAGACGGACUAGAUGAGCUAGACGGAGACUGCAGUGAGAUGACAAGCUACUUGUUGCGCGCGUUCUCCCAGGGACCGCACAUCAAAGCGUGUGUGUCCAGCCGGCCGUGGCUGGUUUUUGAGGAUAGCUUCCGGCGGAAGCCAUCCCUUAAAAUGGAAGAUUUCACAAAGAAGGACAUGACAUUGUUCGCAACAGAGAAGCUUACAGAGAAUACUAUGUUCGCCCAACUGCAAUGGUUGGAUGACAAAAGCACUCGGGCCUUGAUUGACGAAGUCUCGGGGAAAGCCUCUGGUGUCUUCUUGUGGGUUACAUUGGUGGUAAAGUCUCUUUUGGAAGGACUGCGAGAUGGCGAUAAAAUCCAGGACCUGCGAUCGCGACUAGACGACCUUCCGCCUGAUCUACAGUCGCUAUUCAGAAAGCUCUUGGAGGAUCUCGAGCCUUCAUAUUUUCAGCAGUCAUCAAGAAUCUUCCAAUCAGUUCGGGCAUCCCAUCUGCCAAGGACGUCGAUAGCUGUGGGAGAGUACAAGUCAAUCGAGGUCAAAGGGGACAGUCACGAGGCGUGGUCGUCUCUGAGACUGCUCUCCCUUUCUUUUAUCGACGAAGACCCCGAGGAGGCGCUGGGGAAUGACAGUCAGGGAACAAUGGGCCGCCAUGAGCAGGGAAUUCGAGCCGAAGUAAUGCGGCGACAGCUACAAAGCCGCUGCAAGGGGCUUCUCGAGGUACCCACCUUCAGCACCACAGGGCCCGAGUCAAAGGUCGAGUAUCUGCACCGCACAGUCAAAGACUUCCUUGAAGAGGGAGGCGGGGGCGACUUCCUGACAACAGAGGAUUCCUUUGACCCGCACGUGGUUCUCUGCGCAGCUCUCAUCCGGCACGCCAGGGCUAUUCGCCCGACUGAAGACGACAUGACAGGGAUGGAAUCUCUCGCAGACAUUUUACGCGAGUUCACCACCCAGUGUCAUUGGCUAGAGAGACAAAACCGAGACGUUUACGUUCCGUAUCUAGAAGAAAUGAACAAGAUAGCUGAGGCUAUCUUGGGCGGCCCUGGCGGCGAUAAACCUCCGCCGGACUUUUCGCAGACAGACUGGGUUUUCUCUUUUCCCCAUUGGACCAGACGGGUAGACCCCUACGCUGGGCGUAAAGCCGCCCGAGUCUGGUGUCUCUUUGACUAUGCCGUGGUUCGGUCUCUGACUCAAUAUGUUAGGCGACAGCUGUCUACAGGCUACAUUCUUAAGGACAAUCCGAAUCACAAGUUCUUGACGGAGUAUGUGUUAGAACAUGGAACUCGGGCUAUGGCUGAGCUGCUGGACUCGGGCAUCAUUACAUUCAAGGAUAUCAAGGGCAAAUCGAGCGACAACGAAAAAGACGUAGAGAUGGAGAAAGCUGAAGGCUUGACACGCGAAAUGGGAUCGGAAAAGACGGUAGCGCGCAAUCCUUCUACAAAGAGGGAGAAGGAUUGGCCCACAUCUCGAUUCAGGCAUAGCAUUCACCAGAUUUCUCAGAGAUUCAGCCUUCGGAGGAAGAAGUAA